AUGGAACAACUAGUCAAGGAAUACACUGAAGCGACAACUAUUGAUCCUAGAGAGAUCGAGAACUCUCUCAAGUUCUACGAAACGCAGUUUGAGAAACUUGGCUUUCAAUACUUGGAACAGGAGAGUAAGGAAAAAUUUCUAAGGAUCAUUAUAAAUGAAAACCCCAAAUUAAUAGACAACAACAACAUUGUUCAACUAGAAAAGGAAAACUCCCAGGUCAAAGAUAAUAUAGACGAAGUUGACAGUAAGAUAAAAACUCAGGUCAAAGAAUUGGAUCAGUUGGGUGCUUCUAGUAUUGAGUUAGCCAAUAAAGUGUCACAGAAAUCCGAUCAGAUAUCUCAAACAAAAAAGGAAUUACAACAGAUGGAGCAGGAAUUGCAGGAACUAGCAGAGUAUGAAGGUGUAGAGAAAGAACUGGGCAAGUAUAUUGAAGGUGACAUAUUUAGUGGACUGGAAAUGUUCAGAGAUCAGUUGAACUCCAAGCAGGCGGAGAAUGAUGAACGUAACGAGGAUAUCAAACGAUUGCAAAGAUUACUGAAGGAAAAUCAAGACUUUUAUGAGGACAAGAAGAAGCAAAUACAACAAAUUAACUCUGAAAUUAAAUCUAUUGAUCAAGAUAUUGAAUUAGACACCACAUUAGGUCCGUGGUAUUUUGAACUAGGAAGUCUUUUCAUCAAGUUAAGUCAUGAAUGA